UUUUCAUUUUAUUUUAUAUUCGAAUAAAAAGAAAUAAAUUUCAUCGAAUCACUUUUAUGUUAUCAUGUCUACUACUAGCAUAGAAUUAAUUUAUCAAACAAUUAGUAGAGCAUUUGCAUCACUUGGUUAUAAUAUUCACAAAGAUUUUAAUGAUAUAAAUGAAUUAAUACAGCAAAUAAUUCUUGCUGAUAAUUCUCUUACAAAAGAUGAAAAAAUUAAGGCAAUAGAAAUAAUUAAUAAAAAUCAUGAUUCAUGUAAAAUUCUUUUUAAUGUAGGAACAAAAAGAAUUUGUGAAAAUUGUAACCAAGAAUGUUUAGCUACAUUAUAUUGUGAAAAUUGUAUUAGGAAUUAUUUAAAAUCAAAUUUUUCAAAUUGGACGUCAAAAAAUGUUAAUAUUGAUAAUUUUAUACAAAAAUGUCAAAUGGAAACACUGAAACCAAAUGGAAUAGUAGAAUGGAUUCCAUAUAAUAAUUUACAAAAUAUUAAAUAUUUUACUAAAGGUGGAUUUUCUGAAAUUUAUACAGCAGAUUGGAUUGGUGGUUGGUAUAAUGAAUGGAAUUCUAAAAAUCAACAAUUAGAAAGAGUUAAAGAACCAAGAAUACAAAAUAAUAUUGGAAAAGUUAUACUUAAAAAAUUAGAAAAUGUUGAAAAUGCAAGUCAAAAUUGGUUUGAAGAGGCCAAAUUACAUUUAACUAUAACUAAUAAAUAUCCAAGAAUUGCUAAUUGUUUUGGUUUAACACAAAGUCCAUUAAAUGGAAAUUAUAUGCUUGUAAUGAAAAAAUUUGAUACGAAUCUAAGAAAUUAUUUACAACAAAACCAUAAUCAACUCACAUGGAAGGAAAGAAUUAGAAUUACCAUUGAAAUUACUGAAGCACUCGGUUGGAUUCAUAAAUAUGAAAAUUCAGUUUAUAGAGAUAUGCAUUCUGGAAAUAUAUUGUAUUCACAAUAUACAGAUAAUUGGUGUAUUAGUGAUUUUGGAUUUUGUGGCCCUGUAGAUAAAUCACUAAAUAGUAUAUAUGGUAAUCUUCCUUACAUAGCACCUGAAGUUAUUGCUGGAAGAAAAUAUAGUUUUUCAUCUGAUAUCUAUAGUAUUGCCAUAAUAAUGUGGGAAAUUUCAUUUGGAAAACCUCCUUUUAAUAACUAUGAACAUAAUUAUUAUCUUGCAAUGAAUAUAAUUAAUGGUAUAAGGCCAAAAAUAGUUUCUGGAACUCCCUUAAAGUAUAAAGAAUUAAUAAAACAAUGCUGGGAUGCUGAUCCAUUAAAAAGGCCUGAUGAUUAUACACUUGGCGUUAAAAUAAAUGAAAUUAAUGUAUCAUAUCAAAAUAUGCCAAACGAACUAGGUGUGGAUAAUAAUAAUUUAAAAGUAAGUAACUUGGGAAUAAAUUAUACACGCCACGGAUCUUUUACAAGUAAAGUUCAUCAAUUUGAAAAUUUUCCUGAACCAAAAAAUGCAACAGAAGAAGAACAAGAAGUAUUUCAUAGUAAACCAUAUGACUUUAGUAUAUCCACUAAUCAUAUUGAUGAUUUUAAUAACUUAAAUGAUCAAAAUUAUGUUGAUGUAUCCAAAACAAAUAGUAUUUCAAUAGAUACCAAUAAUAAUCAUAAGAUUGAGAAAAUACAACCAAUUAAAAGGCAUACUAUAACAAUUUAUGGUAAAAUAUUUACAAUAAUAAUAUCAUUCUAAUAUUGAAUUUAUAUUUAGUUUAAUUCUAAUUUUUUAUUUUUAC